AUGUCUGGCACCGCAGGCUUCGGGGUCUGGGUCGCGUGGGCACUCCUCUCACCCUUGCUCGAGAUGGCAUCCCGACCUCGCACCGACGAGAAGCCAUGCUUCGGCCUCUUCCCCGAGAACACCGACGGGUGCGGAACUGUCGACGUAGGCCAUCUGGACGGCGACGGGCGAGCACAUUCUCUCGGGCACCAGCAAGGGGUGGUUGGACGUAAUCGAAACGACCGCUCUCGAGUGCCCAUGGCGUCCGUUGAGAAGACUGGCGUACGCUUGCAUGCCGAUGCAGACGAUGGUGCGGACGACCAGCGGCGUCUGGACAUUGCCUGCGUCCGACACGGCAUCUGCUUCACCUGA